AUGGAUCGAGUGCAGGCAUUCGGCAAGACCUUCAGUGCGAACUUCACGCCCUUCGCGCAGCGCACCCAGCAGCUUAUCAAGGAGCAACUGGGCCAGGCCGAAGACCGAACCCAGCUCCCCGAUGAGUACAUCGAGCUUGAGAAGCGCGUCGAUGCGCUCAAGCUGGUUCACCAGAAGCUGCUUUCCGUGACAAACUCUCCGCUGACCGGUGUGGGUCGUCCGAUCUGCGACAACAGCUCCCAAUACUCCAACGAAGCCUACGAUUACCCACCCAACAUUCGCGAGUCCUUCAAUGACCUGGGCCGCACCAUCAACGAGAAGCCGCAGCCCAAGACCUUCAACCACGCCAUCGCGCGCGCCUCGCUCGCCGGCUCCCAGACCCUGGCACAGAGCAGUGAGGGUGAGGACCCGCUCGCCACUGCGCUGGAGAAGUAUGCUCUGGCCGAGGAGAAGGUCGGCGAGGCCCGUUUGGGCCAGGAUUCUCAGAUCCAGUCUCGUUUCCUCGCUGGCUGGAACACUACCCUUAACACCAACUUGAUGUUCGCUGCUAAGGCCCGCAAGAAUGUCGAGAAUGCCCGCCUGACGCUUGACUCUGUUAAGGCUUCUAAGAAGGCUGCUGCCUACGGUGACCUGGACAACUUGAGCGAGGAUGCCCGCCAGGAGAUCGAGCAGGCUGAGGAUGACUUUGUUGGUCAGACUGAGGAAGCUGUUAGCGUGAUGAAAAACGUCCUUGAUACCCCCGAGCCCCUUCGCAACCUGGCCGAUCUGAUCGCCGCCCAGCUGGAGUUCCACAAGAAGGCCUACGAAAUCCUCAGCGAGCUUGCCCCCACUGUGGAUGCUCUGCAGGUCGAGCAAGAGGUACAAGAGCCCUCUCCACACUCGUCAUAA